UGUUCAUAAACUGCAUGUAGUAUCAAUCAAGAACGAGUCAUCGUAAAAUAGUCAGCUGACAUAACCUAACCUGGCGUUGAACUGAUGUUUUUCCUCUGAUCAUGGCGUUAGGUAAUCUCGUUCGACAGUCCGGCAAAGCAAUGACAACCCUUCGACUGGCCUUAGUACAGCUCUCCGUGAGCGAUGACAAAACUGUGAACAUUUCAAGAGCGGUUUCAUUUGUCGAACAAGCGAAGCAACGGGGCGCCGACAUUGUGGCACUCCCAGAAUGUUUCAACUCACCGUAUGGAACGGGGCACUUUCCAAACUACGCGGAAAACAUUCCCGCGGGUGAAACGAGCCUGGCGUUAUCUGCUGCAGCAAAGAAUAAUGGAAUUUGUAUAGUCGGUGGUUCUAUCCCAGAACGAGAUGGAGACAAAUUAUUCAACACUUGCACGGUCUGGGACUCGGAGGGCAAAUUAGUAGGAAAGUACAGAAAGAUGCAUCUAUUUGACAUCGAUGUAAAAGGAAAAAUAACUUUCAAAGAAAGUGACACUCUUACCGCUGGCAAUGACUUGUUAACUUUUAAAGUCAAAGACUUCCAAAUUGGUGUGGGCAUUUGCUAUGACAUCCGGUUCGAAGAGUUAGGUCGGCUUUACCGAAACCUAGGGUGCCACUUGCUGCUUUACCCUGGUGCUUUCAACAUGACGACAGGACCUCUGCAUUGGUCUCUGUUGCAGCGUGCCAGGGCUAACGACAACCAGAUUUAUGUUGGCGCAAUAUCUCCAGCCCAAGGAACUGGCACCGGAUAUAUAGCUUAUGGUCACACACAGCUCACUGAUCCUUGGGGGAAAAUACUUAAUGAACUAGAGUUUGCGGAAGACCUAAUUGUGGCUGAUAUAGAUCUGGGAGUUGUCGAGGAGGUCAGAGCUCAGAUACCAGUUUUUGGACAGCGUCGUACUGACUUGUAUGAAACUACUUGGAAGAAAAUUUGAAAAAAUCGUUAAAAAUAUAAAAGGAUUAUCUCUGUGGAAUAUUCAUUGAAAUAUAAUAAUUUAUUCAGUUUAUUGAUGUAUCUUUCAUCUUUGCGCAAUGACAAUGUUAAUUCUCUUUAUAUAAUUUUUAUUAACUAUCUACCUUAGACCCAGCAGUUGUCGCCGAGGCCACAGCUCAAAUAACAGUUUUUGAAUAGCAUCGUAGUGGCGAAUUGUAUAAAAUUAGAUGGAAGAAAAAUCCAAGCAAUCAGUGAUGGAUAUGUGAAGUUAAUUAUAGUGGCCCAACAUUGGAAGAAAUUCUUUUUCAUUUCCAUCAUUUAUGUUGUACUCGCGCUGAAAAUUAUCCAUCAAUAAUUGUUCAGCACGCUUCAUUAUAAUUAACAAUCAAUAAACAUGUAUAAACAUGUAUACUCUGUAUAUUUAUAUAAUACAAUGGAAAUUUGGAAUAA